CAGACAGCGUUAUUAUGUAGCUCCCCAGAGCAAGACAUUGCCAAUGAACAUUGAUGAAUGAUGAACCGAAACGCAGACGAUGUUUGGGAUCUAGUGUGAACUCGUUGCCAGACCAAAUAGCGUGGCAUUUGUGUAACGCCCACCAUUCCCUCGUCCAAUCCCCAUCCCGCGGCCCGUGCGAUGAUGACGCCAUCCAUGAAAGUACCCGACGACUGUUGUUUUGACAUUAAUUGUAAUCAUGUGUACACGUACAUGUACACACAAGGUCUUUACGAGCGAUACACAGUAGCUGAUAUAACAGCUUUCGGAUCACCGUCUCUAGUGCUGUCUGGUUCCCAGACCAAACAGAUCCCGACUGUGUUUGGCAUCGGAAAUGCUAUCGGAAGAUAGUUGCUGAAGUUACGAUGUAGGUAAACGAAUUGCCGAAACACGCCAAAUCGAAACCAAAAUUGCACGGACUUCUACAGAUUGGAAUCGCCCAAAGUAAUACAUCAGAGUAUUGAUGGGGUGAGUGAUCCAUACACGCAAAAGGGGUUGCAUAGAAGGAAUUUUCGUCUGCGUGAUACUCACUCUGAUGUCAUAUCCUCCUAACACACUGUACCUCAAACACCACACCACAGAAUGACGAUCUUGUACAGUUGUAUAGCUAGGGGUGGUACCCUCCUGGUGGAAAACUCUGCGAGCUCUGAGCACAAGUUUUCCAGUGUGUGUCAGUCAAUGCUGCAGAACAUCCCAUAUAAGGAUUCAAAAAUGGUCUACACAUCAGAUCAAUAUAUGUUCCCAGUGAUUGUACAAGAUGGCAUCACAUACUUGUGUGCGACCACCCCAGAUUUUAGCAAGCAGAAAUCCCAUGCCUUCCUCAGUGAGAUCAUCCGACGCAUCACAUCCUCCAGCCUGGGACAGCGUGUCCAGCAUGCUAGAGAGCAGGAGCUGGAUAGAGACUUCAGCAUUGUCCUCAGCCAGGAAAUGGACCAUUACUCUCACAUGAAGGAGUCCAGUAGCAGCAUUACCAAUCUCCAGAAUCAAGUUGAUGAGGUUAAAGGUAUUAUGAUCCAGAACAUCGACAAGGUGCUGAGCAGAGGGGACAAACUGGAGGACCUCAUGCAGAAAACAGAGGAUCUGGAAGCAAGUGUCAGGACCCACCUACAGAUAUUACCAUCUUCAUGGAUGUGCCGAGAAACCCAGGGCCAAAGAUGUGCAUAGAUAAACAAUGAAUUACUUACACUCCAGAUGAAAUGAAAGCCAUGAGAUGCCGGAUUAAACUUCAUUUACCGAGCUCUACAUAUGAUUGUUUAAAAACGUUAGAUCUAUUUAAAAAAAGACGAGGGAGAAAAGCAGGUCUUCGUCCUGUAGCUCUUCAAACAGCUGACACGAGGAUACCUCAGAAAAAGUGUGGCCAAGGAAGUGAAGUGACAGUUAGUUAUAAUAAGGAGUAUGAUAAUCAACAAAUCAACAAUGACCUCUUCAAACAUUUUCAGCGUAGAUGAGUUCAUAUCAUUCACCUGAAUGUUAAAUCAUUAUUACCAAAACUUUUUGAAUUGAAGACCAUCCCUCAAAAGUUUCAAGUUGCAAUAUUCGGAGUCUUUGAAACAUGGCUGGAUGAUUCCGUCCCCGAUGCUGAAAUCACGAUACAGGGUUAUUCUGUUCUCCGACAUGACAGGACUCGACAUGGCGGAGGGGUCUGUGUGUACAUUAACAAUGAUUUUGUCUUCAACCAAAGAAUGGAUUUGAUGAGAGACAAUAUGGAAACUGUUCGGUUUGAUUUACUCCUACCGAAAUCAAAACCAAUAACAAUCGGUGUGUGUUAUCGCCCUCCUAAAGACAAUGACUUUCUUGAUCAGUUUAAAAACAUUUUGUCAGUUAUUGGGUUAAAUCGUGAAAUAAUUAUCGUGGGUUAUUUUAACAUAAAUUCCCUACAGAAAAACUGUACUCAGUUUAGGGAUUAUAAAAAUAAUUUGGAAAUGUUUGAUUGCAAACAACUUAUCACGGAUACCACUAGUACUACUAAUACUUGCUCAACUUUACUGGAUCAUGUUAUUUGUAACACUGGAGACAUGAUUAGCCAAUUUGAGUGAUCAUUUUCCCAUCUAUUCUUGCAAGGUGUCAAGCCAAAUUGUGGUGGCCUUAAUAUCACCACUAUCAGAUCUCUUAGGAACUAUAACAUAGAGUGUGUCUGUUGCAACUGUCACAUGCUGAUUGGUCUAAUAUAUAUUGCAGUGAUAUUGAUCAAGCCUAGGACAAUUUCAAAAACACUGUUUUGCAAAUUCUCGACACUGUCGCUCCGAAAAGAGAUUAGAUUAAAGACCAAAACUGAAUGUUGGUUUAAUCAUGACAUAUCAGAAAAUAUUAGGCUUUCAGAUAAACUUCUUGGUAAAGUUGCCAAAGAGAAAAAUAACACUGAUCUUUAUAAAACUUACUGCCAAAUUAGAAAUAAGAUCCAGAGGGAUGUUAGGAUUACCAAAGCUAAUUAUCUCAGUCACAAGAUUGAAGAAAAUGGAAACAAUCCUAAAGGACUUUGGCACCAUUUUAAAUCACUUGGGUACAGUAAAAAAUGUAAGGAUGAAACUAAACUUGCACUUAAAAUUGAUAACGAGUUCUGUUUUGAUACAAACAAAGUGGCAAAUUAUAUGAAUCAUUUUUUUUACUACAGUUGCUUCUGAUCUGGUGAACAAAUUGCCUCGCGCCCAAAAUAAUUUUGGGAUUGAGUCUAGGGUUUCAGGAAUUUUUAUGAGAGCAGAGGUGUAGUCUCAAAUUCCUUUAAGCUCUCUACUGUUUCGAGAGAUUUCAUUAACAAAGAAUUACUCCCAAAAAAAGGACUGGUCCAGAUAAUAUUCCAGUGAAAUUCGUUAAAGAUGGUGCUGUCAUCCUAAAAGAUCCUAUUUCGUUUAUAAUUAACCAAUCCAUUUCCAGUAAUAUUUUUCCAAAUGAACUGAAGCUCGCCUGAGUUAGGCCUGUAUUUAAGAAAAAUAGUAGAUCGGAUGUUGGCAAUUACUGACCUAAUAGCAUUCUCAGUACAUUAUCCAUAUUGUUGGAAAAAGCUCUUUAUGUUCAAUUGGAAAAAUAUUUGACUGAUAAUAAACUUGUUUACAACUUUCAGUCGGGGUUUAGAAGCUCAUAUUAUACAGAUACUUGUUUAAUUUAUCUCACUGACUACAUUCGUUCUCAGAUUGCCAAAGGAAAUUAUACUGGUAUGGUUUUGCUGGAUUUACAAAAGGCUUUUGAUACAGUAGAUCAUUUUAUUUUAUGAAGAAAAUUCCAAGCCACGAGUGUUCAUUUUGAUUCUGUUGAUUGAUUGGUUUCGAUCUCAUCUCUCAAAUAGACAAGAAAUUGUUCGAACUAUCCCCGCAUGCACAGGACCAGAGAACUGAACUCAGG